AUGCAUCAGGACUCUAUCAGCUCGCCCAAGAUUUCCAAUGGCCCAGGCUAUAGCACGCCAUACGCAUGCUACCUCCAUGCCACGGCCUGGAUUUUACGGAGAGCUGUCGCAUACAUGACUGGCACCGGCGAACUCUUCGACAAGUUCACAACAGUCACGACUCCCGGCCUAGGUGAGGGCAGGGUCAACAUCUCGGUCUGCAUUCCUCGCCUUGCGGGCACCACUCAAAGCGUGCGCCCCCUCGUCUUGGUCGCUGAGGGAGGUGGCUUCAUUUUGGGCCAACCUUCUGAUGGAGAACACAUCGACCGGUCACUCUGCGACAAGGUGGGAGCAGUCAUCAUAUCGGUUGACUACGCCAAGGCACCGCGAUACCCUUAUCCGCACGCACUGCUCCAGCUCUAUGAAGUUCUCAAAUGGGCUCUGAGCCCGGCCGCCAAGGAAACACUUGAUGUCACCAUAGACCCAUCACGAGUCGCAAUCAUGGGAAACUCUGCCGGCGGUAACCUAACAGCCAGUCUGUCGCUGCUUCUAUCGUUUACUUCCGGCCCAUGCGCUGAGUUCCGGAGUGCACUCCCCUCGAAUUUCCACCAAGUCCUCCAGGUUCUACUCUAUCCCAGCGUCGACCUCAAUCGUAGCUAUGACGAACGUCUGGAUGAUUGUGACCAAGAGACUCAAGCUUCAAGCUUGCCCUCAUGGGCAGCGACAACGAUGGAGGCAUCAUACCUACCUCCCUAUGUCGACAAGUCUCAAGUGUUUGUCUCGCCGUUGAUGGCUGAGGUUUCUCUGCUUAGAACUCUUCAACCCCCUUCGGCGAUUGUCAUGGUUGCAGGGAAGGAUUGUUUGAAAUUGGAAGCUGAGAAGUACGUUGAAAACCUCAAGAUGGCUGGCGUCAGUGUGACCAAGUACGAAUAUCCUGCAGCGAUCCAUGGAUUCAGUCAUUACAAAGAGAAUAACAAGGGCUUUCGGAAGGAGGACGUGGAACACUGCUGGGAACAGAUAGUCCGCGCUCUUCAAGUGAGCUUCUGCACAGACGAGGCUUCAGCCUGA